AUGCAACAACAGAACUCUGAAAAUGAUGAGCAUUCCACCAUUAGGAACGCCCUCGUGGAAAGUCUGACCGCCAUCUUGUCUCCAGAUCAUGCAGUAAGAAAUUCUGGAGAGGAUCAUUUGAAGACUUUUGAAGUUUUUGAAGAUUAUUUUGGAUUAUGUUUGGCUGAAAUAGUUGUGGAUGCUGGUAGGCCCCUUGCCAUUCGACAGCUGGCUUCUGUACUUCUGAAACAGCAUGUGGAAGCACAUUGGUCAUCUUGUGGUGAAAAGUUUGUUCAGCCUGCUAUGAAACCUGAGGUGAUGGCCAAAAUCAGACAGAUAAUUGUGGUUGGUUUGAAGGAUCCAGUCAUAAAGAUUAGGUCGGGUGUUGCGUACGUGAUAUCUGCAAUGGCAACCUGGGACUGGCCUGAGACCUGGCCAGAACUACUGGACAUCUUGGUGGAAGGCCUAUCCAGUGGCCACCCGGACUACACGCAUGGCUGUAUGAAGGUUCUUACCGAAUUCUGUAGAGAAAUUACAGGCAAGCAGCUGAACCAAGUCGUCCCUGCCAUCUUCCCACAGUUAUGCAACAUACUCCAAGACCAUCAAAAAUUUGAAGUGAGGACCAGAUCAAGAGCAGUGGACAUUUUUGCCACCAUCGCAAACCUCAUUGGUCUAAUAUGCGACACUGAAAAGAACCCGGCAAGACUUCUUCUGUAUCCAAUCCUACCCCAGUUCGUGCAAUCAUUCUUCUUCUACCUCAAAACUAAUGAUGUCCUCAUAUCAGACACUGGCAUGAAGAUUGAAAUUGUUAAGGCUUUCACAGUUUUAAUAAGAAACUUUCCUAAUCACAUGGUUGAAUGGAUGCUGCCACUGCUGGAGAGUAUGUGGGUGCUACUAAUUACCACAACUGAACAGUACAUCCGUGAGGUCGUCAAUACGUCUGUAGUCUCUGAGACCAAUGCUGGCUCUGGUUGCGAAUUAGUGGGCUAUGAAAAUUUAAUAGAAACUUUGUUUGAACUCGUUCACCUCCUCAUCAAAAUUUCAAAGUUCAAAGGUCGUGUCAAGAAGGAAAUCAGCAAUUUGUUCUAUUACAUUGUUCUCUGUCUGCAAAUAACAGACGACCAGGUGAGAGUUAUUCAAAAUUGGACAGCCAAUCCAAUCUCGUUUAUAGACGACGAAAGCGAGGAUAUGUACAUGAAUAAUUUACGAGUUGCAUGUCGUGAGAUUCUACUUGCACUGUUUGAACAGUUCCUCAAGGUGUCUGUCCCGGCACUGCACAUCUGCUCACAGAAGCUCAUUCAGCAGGCUGAUAUCAUGAGGACGAAUAAUGACCCUGGCUGGUGGAAGUUGUAUGAAGCAACUCUGCACUCAAUAAGUUUGGUGAGAGAGUUUUUAUAUCCGGAUGAAGACGAGUGCAAUGGUGGGGUCGAUUUUGACAUCGUGGGGCUCCUUCAGAACUUCAUCCUACCCAUCCUUCCACAAAAUGUUUCUCCAUUUUUGAUCGGUCGAUCGAUCCUGCUGGCAUCCAAAUUUUGUGAUGUUUUACCUGCUGAGCUGAACGAUAAGUUCAUGACAGCAACUGUAGCCAGCUUAUCUGCGGGCCAAGCAACUUGCUUGCGAGUUUUUGGCAUAAAAGCCAUCAGCAACUACUGCAAACACUUGAAAUCUCAACCAUUAUCUCUGCAGCCGCACAUUGAAGGAAUGGUGAAAGGAACUCUGUCCUCCAUCAGCGAGUUAACUUCUAAGGAGCUCUCAUUGAUUCUGCAGGCUCUGGCUGUCAUUCUAAAGGUAGAUGAGCACUUCACUUCGAUGCUGGAACCAGAUGCAUCGGCUAUUGUUAUCAGUAUUUUUCUUAAAUACAGUUCAGAUCCCAUAAUGUUGGAUCUCACUCAAGACAUCUUCGGCAUCUUGGCAAAGAAUAAACUCUGCAUAUCCCCAUUCACUCAUCGAAUCUUGCCAACAAUACUGACUGUACUUCAAACACCGAUUAAUAAAAGUCCAUUUUGCAUGCAGUUUGUGGGUUUAGAGAUUUUAACCACAUUGGUCCGAAACAGCACCUAUCCUCUGGAUGAUUUACUGAUACAUCAAGCUUUUCCAGCUGCUUACCAGUGCACACUGACCACUGAGGAUAGUGCUGCACUUCAGAAUGGAGGUGAAUGUAUGAGAGCCUACGUGUCAGUUGCACUAGAACAAAUUCUAAAUUAUCGGGAUGAAAAAGGUUUCAAUGGCGUGUUCUAUGUCAUACAGAUCAUAAACAGAUUACUCGACCCAAAAACCUGCGAGUUCACGGCUACCUAUGUUGGCAAACUGAUCAACCUUCUUAUCUCGAAGAUGGGUUCCCAGUUGGGAGAUAAUCUUGAAUUUCUCCUCAAAGCUGUCCUCAGUAAAUUGCAGCAAGCCCGAACUCUUACUGUUGUUCAGAGUCUGGUCCUUGUUUUCGCCCGCCUCUUCCAGUCGCAGCACAUUGCAGUCAUCGAGUUUUUGUGUAGUGUUCCAAGUCCCACAGGCCAGUCGGCUCUCGAGUUUGUCCUCAAUGAAUGGUGUUCUAAACAGCAUCUAUUCUUUGGUGAUUACGAUAGGAAAGUCAGCUCAAUAGCUCUAUGCAAGUUGGUUGAAUACUCUCUGACCAGCAAUGAUGAUAGGAUAAAGUUGAUCGAAACGAAAGGUGAGCAGAUACUGCCUAAGGACGAUGGAUGCGUCAGAACAAGGUCAAAAUCUGCAAAAGCUCCUAUCAAGUGGACGGUCAUACCGUUGUUGGUGAAAAUGUACAAGCUGCUGGUCAACGAGCUGUCCAAUCAAAUUGAACAAAAGUUGUCAAAAGAUAUAAAUGAUAAGAACAGUGGUGAUGACGAGGACGGCAUGGACGAUGACGAUGAUGACGCCUGCUCUGAAUCUGACGAUGAAAACCUAUUUGAUUUUAUGAACGAAUACAUUAUAAUGAUAAAUACUUCCUAUUCAGAGUUUGAGUCUGACGGUGAGGAGCACUAUUUGGACCCCGACGACGCCAGCGAUCCCGUCAACCAGAUCGACCUACAGGCUUACAUCACAGAUUUCUUGCGUACACUAUCUCAACAGCCUUGCUAUAGACUCUUCACCGAACACCACAACGAGUCAGAGAAGAAGGUCCUCAACAUGGUUGGAAUUUCAGUUUGA